UUUUCUUGCAUUGCCGUUGUUGUUUGUUAUCACAGCAGCCAGUAGCAGCUCAAUUAGCACCACCGACCCCGGCGGCAAUCCUGGCCGGCAUGGCUUCCACGUCGAACUUCCUGGCCGUGGCGCUGGUCAUGGCCGCCGUGCUCCUCGGCGGCGCCGGCACGUGCCACGCGGCCCGCCGCCUCGACGAACUGCCGCCGCUGCCUCAAGUCCCAGCAGGUAUUCCGAGUCUGCCGGCGCCCCAAGUGCCCGAGCUGCCAGUGCCGCCGGUGCCCGAGCUGCCGAUGCCUCAAGUGCCGCCGGUGCCUCAACUGCCGGGCGUGCCGCUGCCGCCCGCCACGGUGCCGUAGCCCGUAUGUGCCCCUUGCGUUGAUGCUGUACCGUUCCCCGUGCCGUCCUCUCUUGUACCACCACCGCCGUCGCGUCUUCACCGACCACCGACGAGCCUAGAGACGUGCAAAUGCUGCCUGGUACACAGGUGCUGCCGCCGACGCCCUGUCGUGUACCUGUGUUUAUGUACGAGUUUUUUGUUGUUGUACCAUUGUAUUUUCUCCUGCGAUGAAAUUAAUUAAAUAUGCUCAUUACUACAGCUUAC